CCCUCAUCUCAUCUUUUUCCCUCUGCCGCCCAUCGCCCUCACCUCUCCUGUCGAUGGGGCUACUGCAAGCACGCCUAUAUCCCGGCGAUGAGUUCCGACUGCACCUUCCUCAACAGCAAUUUCCCUGCUAUUCCGUUGGCCUGCUGCGGCGAUACCAGCGUGGUCAAAUGUGACUCGGCUGGGAGCCGGGUUAUCAGUCUGAUCAUGGGCUCGAUGCAGCUGACUGGGGGGAUUCCAUCAGGCAUCAGCACUUUGACGAGCCUGCAAACCCUCCAUAUGGAGAUCAACAACCUGACAGGACCGAUUCCCGACAGCGUUGGUGGCCUUACUUCCCUCCUCUACUUGGAUGUGCAUCAGAAUCAACUUAGCGGCCCCAUCCCGGACAGCGUCGGCAAUCUGAAAAACCUUCAGCAACUCAAUGUGGACGGCAACGCUUUGAGCGGCCAAAUCCCCGCCAGCAUCGGCCAGCUCACCAUGCUGGCCAAGUUGAAUCUCCACCAAAAUCAACUGAGUGGCACUGUCGAUUUGGACUUUCGUAACCUCACCCUCUUGAAGUACUUAGACCUCUCCAAGAACCCCGGCCUCAACGGCACAAUUCGCUUGCCCAGUUGCAACCCUCCCUCGGGCAGCCAAGGAUGGAACUUUGGCACCCUUAGCUGCACAACCGAUCCUCCCCCUCCGCUUCCCGUGGCAUCUUCCAACGACAGAACGCCUCUUCCCCUCAGUCCUUCCCCGAGCCCCACCUCUUUGCCACCGACUGCAUCGCCGCCAGUAGCCGCAAUCGUCGGAUCGGCUAUUGGUGCAGUCAUCCUUCUAUGUGCUCUCGGAGCCAUCCUCAUCUAUCGCAAGAGGGCUUCACGAGGAGCAGACCAUCAUGAAAAUCCUCGGCACCCAAGCUUUGGCCAAGGAAGUCAAAUUGGCCUGACGGAUCUCAGUUCACCAACUGGAAUUGAGCCCCCCCUGCCCAGCUCUGGAAGAACCCAGCCUCAUAACUCCAGAUCGACCGGUGUAGCCUACAGCUUGAACGCCGUGCCGACUGCGGCUCCUAUAAAGCAAUAUGCUGCCUUUUCGACCAAUAGCCCUCCUGCUGGUGGCUCUCUCGUGUCCUCAGACGAAAGCAGCGACACACCAACGGCGGUGCACGCUUCCUAUCGAGCAAACUACAACCACGUCGAUGCUAUGCCCACUGGUCUCUGGGAAUCCAAGAGUUCAUCCCUGCCUCAUAUGGGCUAUGAAAGCAAGCAUGUAUACAGCCCCUUGUCAGAGGACCCGCGCUCGGCAAGCCAAGCCCCCGUACCCUCCACUCGAAGCAAGGCAAACUACGAGGCCAUCGAGUUCCAUGACGCCAGCGGCAUCGAGAUCGAACUCAAUGUCGGCGAUCGUAUCCAGCUCAUCCGGGUGUUUGAUGGUGAAAAGGCCGAGGGCAAGAACGAAACCACAGGCGCCGUGGGUGUCCUCCCGAUUCACAAAAUCCGACCAAUCUUCCAGGGUUCCACUCGCCUUCCCACGUACACUUCACUCGACGGCCACAAUAUCCAUACUCAAGCACGAGCCGGAACAGGAAUCUAGCACUAGCAUUCUCAGUAUGAUGGUCAUAGUGUGAAAGCCGACUUUGACAACAGCGAUCGGCCGGCGGGCUCUGGAACUUGAUCCUGUGAGCAAACGCUCUACAAACAGCCAGCGGUAACAAUGGUAGCGACAAGGGGUCGAUCGGAGACUAUCGAUGGCCGAUGCGAAACCAUCGAUGGGCGAGAGGCGACUCUGGAUGACCACUAAAAUCCGUGAGAUAUAUUCCGAAGCAGUGGGUGUUUC